AUGCCUCGACGUCGGGUCGCACCCAUCUACGCGCGCAAAUUCGUCCAAACCAAUGCCCAUGUGCGUGCCAUCAUGCGCGAGAUGAUUCAUCAUAGGAUGCUUCCCCUUUUUCAGAUGACCUCGCAAUGCGCCACGCAGGCCAUCGACAUUCUCCCCGUCCUACAGUCGUACACGAUUGACUUUACGGUGGCGUUUGUCUUUGGCCUCUCGCGCGGCACCAACUUCAUGCUGAACGCUGAUGCACGGGACGAGUGGCUCGAGGCAUACACUCAGUCUUAUCCCGCCGAUAGCAUGUUUUGGCUUCAGGAAUGCGCCGCCGUGACCAAGUUUGCGCAGCGCCUGGGCCUGGGCGGAUGGCUGCUGCCCGAGGGCCACGAAGCGGCGCGCAUAUUUCUGGACGAGUGGGCGCUAGGGAAAAUGAGGCAGGCAGAUUAUGCACUCUCUCUUAACGAGGGUGUUGAGAGCAAGUUUGAGAGUGGCGAUUUCCCCAUCCUAUACGACGUGGUGAAAGCAGGGCUCGCCAAGUCUGCCGACCGCGACCCCUGCUUUACGCCAGAUGCGCAGGAAGAGCUCCAACUUGCUAGCGAAUGCUUUGAUCAUAUCGUGGCCGCUAGGGACACGUUUGGCAUCUCGUUUACGUACAUUCUCUACAAAAUAUCACAUCAUCCCAGUACGCAAGAAGAGCUUCACAAAGAGCUCCUCUCCAUCAACUCACCCGUCCUUGAUACUGCUAGCAGCGACCGCGUCCUACCAGAAGCCCCCGAGCUCGCCAACCUGCCGCUCUUGAACGCCGUCAUCCACGAAGGUUUACGACUGCGAAACAACACGCCCGACGCGGAGCCACGGCUCACCCCGCGCCGCGAGGGUGGCUCCCGCAUCGGCAGUCUGUAUGCGCUUCCGGCGGGCAUCCGCGUGGGCGCGUACGGCUGGAGCCUGCAUCGCGACGAGGCCGUGUUUCCCGACGCGAGCGCCUGGGAUCCUCGCCGUUGGAUGGGCGUCGACGGCAAGAACUCGAACCCAAACAGGUAUUUGUAUGCAUUUGGGCACGGGAGCAGAAGCUGCGUCGGACAGCAGCUAGCCAUGGAACUUAUGCGCUACGCGGUAGCGGCAAUUUACACCAAUUACAGGACGUCAGUAGCGGACGAAAGAGAGUACCCAGGCGACGAUGGCUUUGUCGGGGGCGACUGUCGGGAGAAGUUGCAUAUCCGUUUUGAGCGAAUCUGCGAUGAUGCUCAGGCGGCAAUUUGA